UAUAUAUAUAUUUUUUUAUGUUUUUAGUUUGUGUUUGACAUUUGACGUUUUUGUGACGUUCAUUUUAUUUAAUUUUCCUUUUCUUGUUAGAAUUAAUAAAUUUACUUAAUAUGGUGGACAAAUUAGUGAACAGUGAAGCCAAUAAUAGGCGAAUUAUGAUGGUAGAGAGCUGUUUUGGAAGUUCUGGACAGCCUUUGCAAGUACCUGGAAGAGUCCUGGUUGGGGAAGGAGUUUUGACCAAAAUGUGCCGAAAAAAGCCAAAGACAAGGCAAUUUUUUCUUUUCAAUGAUAUCCUAGUGUAUGGCAACAUAAUUAUUAAUAAGAAAAAAUAUAAUAAGCAACAUAUCAUUCCAUUGGAAGCAGUUAAGUUGGAGAGCCUCAAUGAUGAUGAACAAUAUAGAAAUGGUUGGUUGAUAAAAACAGCCUCAAAAUCGUUUGCAGUAUAUGCAGCGACUCCAAUUGAAAAAAGUGAAUGGAUGGCUCAUAUUAACAAAUGCAUUGAUGAUCUGUUGAGAAAAAGUGGUAAAAAGGCUGUGGAGGAGCAUGCAGCUGUUUGGGUACCAGAUGGGGAAGCAACUGUUUGCAUGCAUUGUAGAAAAAGUCAAUUUACAUUGAUAAAUAGAAGGCAUCAUUGCCGUAAAUGUGGAGCUGUAGUAUGUGGUCCAUGCUCAAAUAAACGGUUUUUACUACCAAAUCAAAGCUCAAAACCAUUAAGAGUUUGUCUCCAUUGCUAUGCUGAACUUACUAGUGUUAAAAACAAUCAUUUGUUGGAUAAUGCUCAAAGAGAUCAUCCAGACUCAUCAGGAGAAGAAGACUCAGAUGAUGAUGAAGUUCAACAGGGUCAACCAGAAACACAUGACUUGUCAAAAUUCUACGGUGAUAUUGGCGAGAAACCGGCACAAUAAUAAUUUCCCUAACGCAAUAUGUAAGCACUUCCAUUUUAAGUAAUCAAUUCAAACUAUUUUAAACCAGAUGAUAUAUAUAUAUAUAUAUAUAUAUAUAUUAUAUCAAUAUA